CACGUACGUAUCCCUCAACUCCACACAACCUUGAGCAAUCUUCUCAUCUCUUCUCUCUCACGCUAUUUGAUCACAUCUCAAUUUAAUUCCAUCUUGAUCAAAACUUUCAAAUUAAUAUACUUCAAUAUUUCUAAUGUUUUACUACUCUUGAAUCUCUUGUGUCUUUCUAGCACUACAAAUUUUGUUGACAAUGGUGAAACUAGCAUCAGCUAGAGAGAGUAGAAUGUACGGGCCAAGGCUAGCUAGAAAUAGAGGAGAAUAUAUGAACGCAGGGCUCUGUGUGUUUGCAGCUAUUGUGCUUGUUGGUGGGUUUGUGGCUGAAUUGUCAAAGGAACCCAAGUCAGGUCUUGUGCUUUUGCUUAUAGCUCUCCUACUUAUCAUGGUGGUUAAUCUUCAUGAUCUUGUUGCACAUCUAGCCGGGAUUGAUUAUCGGUUUCCUUUAAUGGGGUUUGAUACACAGCUUGCACUUGUUGAGUUUGCGGUUCCUGUGGUUCAGGCCUCGGGGGCUUUGCUUUCUUUCUUGGGUAUUCUUUUUCUUUUUAUUCAGGAAUACAAGGGAUAUGGGCACUUCAAAUUGGAAAGGCAUGCUCUAAACUUGCUUAUUGCUGGACCGGCUUUGUGGGUGCUCGGAUCCAUACACAACUCAUGCCAGAUAUAUGAGAGAGCUGAUGGGCAUGUACAAAUAUUGCAACAGAGCGUCCACAUCCCAUUUUUAAUGGGAAGUUUGCUAUUCUUGGUUGGUUCCAUUCUCAAUAUUCAUGAGCAAGCAGGACGGGGCCAUCAUGGACUAAGGCUAUUGGGCAAGACUUGGGUCUGGACAGGCAUCUAUGGAAGUCUAAUGAUUUUUAUAGGGGGAUUAGCAAACGUAGUCAAGGUGUUCAAGAUGCAGCAAAUUGAUGGACUACGGUUAGAGAAAUUGAGAGGAGGGGCUCAAGAGCGUUUGAUACGAGAUAGGGAGGGUCACUCACCACUCAUCCUAGAAGAGGAGAGGAGAAGGAAAAUGACAGCAGCGGAAACGAGAGCAGCACAUAUUCCUGCAACAACUCCUUACAGGGAUGUGCUUGUUGGCCAGCCAUGAUUUUAUAGAAUCAUCUAAUAGCAACACCAAUUAUCGUUUUGGUUUCUUUAAUACUUUGUAUUCUGAUAUCUUUUCUUUCUUCUUGUUUUUUUUUUUUAAUUUUAUCUGCUCUUAUAGUCUCCCAUCAGUACUGCCCUUUAGCAUAUUACAUGCCAUUUUGUCCAGUUUAUAUUCAUGUUACAGAUGACACGGAUUUUCAUCAGUAGACAUAUAUGGAAUUUUGUAAUGUGAA